UUGAUGAACUCUAUCGAUCGUACGCCUCCAUUGAGCUUACGUAUCUGCAUAAUACCAUGGUGGUUCGAAGUUCGUGCUGCAACUUUGGUCGUUUUCCCUGGCUGUGCCCUAUUUUGUCUCUGCGGUCCUGGAAAAACUCGACUUCAAUCGAGUUUAAACUCUAAAGCUAUAAGAUAUCGAGACAUUUAUUUGAUUCAAUUUUUUCCCCUGAAAUUAUGAGAGAACGGUUAGGAUUCUUGCAUAAUCUGUGUAGGUGUGCCUUCAGAUCUCCGUCUUCACCGUGCGUGGAGAUUUUUUUGUGCAUACUUACGCCUGUGUACAUGGCAUGCAUCAUGCAAGGUAAACGAGUCGGGGUUGCAUACUACGAUUCCAAUAUCAGCCACCUUUAUGUCACUGAAGUUUGGGAAGAUGGCAGUGCAGAUUUUCCCCUCGUUGAUCUCAUAAAAUAUCAAGCCAAGCCCCUGAUCAUUUACACAAGUACAAAAACAGAAGAAUCCUUACUUGCUGCUUUACAAAGAAGUGAUGGAGCUGAAGCCCCUCAAGUGAAACUUAUGAAAAGUUCUAUAUUCAGUUAUGAACAAGCGUGGCACAGAUUAAUAUACCUUCGGGUCACCGGGAUGGAUGAUGGGCUAAGCGUCAAAGAGAGAAUUUGCUUUUUGAAUUCUAUGAUGGAUAUUGGAAGUGAUGUCCAAGUUCGUUCGAGUGGGGCUCUUCUUGCUAUAUUAGAAAAUGAGAGACUUGUGGAUACACUAGAACAAAGGGAAUGUGGGAAUUCAUCAAUCGCUAUUGAUUGUGUUACAGAAAUUUCAUUAAACAACUUUCUCAAACUGGAUGCUGCUGCUUAUGAGACACUGCAAAUUUUCCAAAUAGACAAGCAUCCAAGCCAUAUGGGCAUUGGGAGAGCAAAAGAAGGGUUUUCUGUGUUUGGGAUGUUGAACAAGUGUAUUACACCAAUGGGCAGACGACUUUUGAGAAACUGGUUUCUGAGGCCUAUACUUGAUCUUGGAAUUCUGAACAGUCGUCUCAACAAUAUAUCAUUCCUUGUUUCUUGUGAAGAACUGAUUACCACUUUACGUGAAACACUGAAGUCUGUAAAGGAUAUUUCCCACAUACUCAAGAAAUUCAACUCCCCAAGUUCUGUAUAUACAUCUGGUGACUGGAUGACUUUCCUAAAGAGCAUAUGUUCACUCUUGCAUGUGAACAAGAUAUUUGAGGUUGGUAUUUCUGAAAGUCUUCGAGAGCAUGCAAAGUCUUUGAACUUGGAUAUUGCUGAGAAGGCAGCUUUAUGCAUUUCACAGGAGCUGGCUUUUGUCUAUGAACUGGUAAUAGGCAUUGUUGAUGUUAAUAGGAGUAAGGAAAAGGGGUACGGGACAAUGGUGAAGGAGGGGUUCUGUGACGAGCUGGAUGAGCUAAGAAAAAUAUAUGAUGAAUUACCCGAGUUUCUAGAGGAGGUGUCAUCAUUUGAACUUGAACAACUACCUCAUCUACGUGGAAAUAAACCUGCUCCUUGUAUUGUUUACAUACAUCAAAUUGGAUAUUUGAUGUGCAUUUUUGAAGAAAAACUUGAUGAAGACGUACUAAAGGAGCUUCAAGAUUUUGAAUUUGCAUUUUCAGACAGGGAUGGAGAGACGAAGAAAUUCUUCUAUCGUACUUACAAGACACGAGAGUUGGACAAUCUUUUGGGUGAUAUAUAUCAUAAAAUUUUAGACAUGGAGAGAGCAAUUGUUGGAGACUUGGUCUCCCGUAUUCUUGUAUUCUCAUCCCAUCUACUCAAGGCAGUGAACUUUGCGGCAGAACUUGAUUGCCUUUUGUCACUGGCAUUGGUCGCCCGUCAGAACAAUUAUGUCAGGCCCAAUUUUACUUCAGAAACCUUCCUUGAUAUACGAAAUGGCAGGCAUGUUUUGCAGGAAAUGACAGUAGACACAUUUAUUCCCAAUGAUACAAAGAUUCUUGAUGACGGAAGAGUGAACAUCAUCACUGGUCCUAACUAUUCAGGGAAAAGCAUUUACAUAAAACAGGUGGCUCUGAUUGUCUUCCUUUCCCAUAUUGGAAGUUUUGUACCUGCAGAGGCUGCUACUGUGGGUCUGACGGAUAGGAUAUUCUGUGCAAUGGGAAGCAAGCUUAUGACUGCUGAGCAGUCAACCUUCAUGAUUGAUCUACAUCAAGUAGGAAUGAUGCUUAGGCAUGCAACAUCACAAUCAUUGUGCUUAAUGGAUGAAUUUGGUAAAGGUACUCUUGCAGGAGAUGGCAUUGGUCUCCUUGGUGGAACUAUAAAUCAUUUUGCCUCAUGUGAUGACCCUCCAAAGGUUCUGGUGUGCACACACUUGACAGAGAUAUUUAGUGAGAGUUGCUUACUGAAAUCUGACAGCAUCAAGUUCUACACCAUGGGUGUGCUGAGACCUGAUGAUAGCUGUAAAGAUGAGGAAGCCAUCGUGUUCUUAUACCGGCUUAUCCCUGGACAUGCGCUUCUGAGUUAUGGUGAGUGUUCUUUCUACACCACAUGGUUUUGGAUAUCAACUGCCACUGUCCAUUUCAAGCAACAGAAGCUAAUUGUGUGUGUUACAGGGUUGCAUUGUGCUUUACUUGCUGGUGUACCAGAGGAGGUUGUUAGGAGAGCAGCGCUUGUGUUCGAGUCCACUGGAACACAUAAGCAUAUUGAGAGACUGUGCAAUGAGAAAAUAUCAGCUAGAGAUCAGCAUUACAAGGAUGCAAUGGAUAAGAUGUUGGCAUUCGAUGCUCUCAAGGGUGAUCUCAACCUCUUCUUCCAAGAUAUUUUCCCUUCUCAUCCAUCCUAGAAUCAUCAAUGGUUUCUUCGGCUAAAUAUCAUUUGUCAACUGUGCAUAAGUAAACUACAUCUUCAAAUGCUGCACAUGAACAGUUGGUUUACAAAAUAGUGUCAAAAUCUGGGAAGGGAAAUGGUUUCUUUGGUAGCCCACCCAAGGAAGCCUUACCGCACAGCAAUAGUAGUCACCUCAUUGAUCCAACUGGAAAUCACCAAAUCACUCUCCCACAUGGCACUAGUUUGGCCGUUUCAGGAGGCUUCCAUGGGUGGGUCAUGGAAAAUACUUUCUGCCUUUUUUUUUUUUGGGUAACUUUUACCAUCUAGAGAGGGGAAGGGUAAAAAUAUUGGCUUAUGAUCUAUCUGUCUCAUCAAUGUAUAGUUCGGAUUCCAAUUUCGAUGUUGAGCCCUGAUAUUUCUCACUCAUCAACUUUUGUACAUGUAUAGUUAGUAAUAUUAAUCAUUCAAUUAGUCAA